AUGUCAAAUCAACUGCAGUGCCUGGAUUGGCGCAAGAAUUACCUUCAAGAUCUCACCUGGUCGAAGUCCACGACCAUUCUGCUCCAGCAGAGUUCAACAUCUCCGGAACCGUCCCCCGAGGAUGCCAAAGGCAAGAAACUCCAUGGCGGCCGGAAAGAGUUGGCUCAAAAAAAGGGGGUGGAAGACCUGUCGGCGGAGGCGCCUGUAGCCGCGCGGCUGCUGUCACGAGCAGAUCGUGUUCUGAAGUUGACAGCAGCUCAGAAAGAUGAGCUCUAUGCUUUGUCAAUGUUCAGGGCGAAAAUGCGCCAUGUUGCUUCAAAACUGAUACCAGAGGUUGCAUCGAGGACCCAGGACUUGACCAUAGACCAGGUGCUGGACGGGUUGAACCUCAAGAGCAAAAUGAAGGGGUUCAAACGUGGUGCAUCGAAGCUUCGGUCAGCAUACCCUGGACACUCCUACGAAGAGGUGGACAGUGAUCUCGGGGUUAUCAUGCCCUUUAAAAGCGGGAAGAAGCCUCUUUCCGAAGAGGCUGCGAGAAUAUUGACUGCGCUAGGAUUUCUGAAUGGUGGUGGAGUUUCAGAUGGUGUUGGUCAACAUGCAGAAGCCUCUCCAGUACCAGAAAAGCCAAAAGGCGCAAUGGCUCCAGAACCUCAUGCCCUCAUUAUUGAUACUCCGAAAGAGCUACUGAGCUCUCCAAAAGAAAUUGCCCCUGCAGCCAAGGACCAUAGCGAGGAAACAAUCCGUGCAGCGAAAAUCGCACCUAAAGUAAAACAAGAGACUAUCCAGAAACAUGACCUUGUACCACGAGAAAAGGACAAGGCAAAAAUUGCCGACAUGAAGGGGGACAAUGUGCGAGAGGUGAAGGGCGAUACGUUCUCACUGGUACCGUUGACAGCUGAGCCCACAAAUGUGCCCAGGCUGAGCCACGAUUUGUCGCGUGUGCUGUUCAAUCCGGGCGUCUAUCAAUUACAGGAUCCACGGUCAAGAGUAUGGAACUUUGAUCCGUAUCUCGGAACCCUUAUGCCGGCGUCCGAGUUCAAUUACGACGCAUUGAAUAAAUACAUCACUUCUUCUGAGGAUAGUCAUCUUCGAGAAGUGGCCUUGAAGCACACAAAGCGAUAUAUCGGUUCCACUUCAAGUAUGUCGGGAGUCCUGUCCCAUUUCCAUUUCCUUCUUUCGGCCUUUCGGAAUCUCAACUUGGAGAAUUUGACCCGAGGCUUUAAGGAUGAUGGUGUGCACUUCACCAGGCUGCAGAGAGGCCCCACGGCCAUAUUUCUCCGGCACAAAGAUGGUGUAUAUGCCGUGGACGCAGACAAAGAAUUUGAUUCUGCAAAUAUCCUCAUGAGUCUUGGCCGCUCUAUGGAGAAGCUCCUGACGCUCGACAAGGAUGAAUUCGAGCGAUAUAGAAGGACUACGGACGCGGCCAAAGAUGCACAGUUGCCCACCACCGAGCCCGAGGUAUAUCACUAUUCAGGGCUGGGCGAGUUCCUCUUGCGUUCUCAACUCGACGCACACGAUCCUCGCCUGCCGGGAACAGGCAUGUUUGACCUCAAGACUCGAGCGGUAGCAGCUGUCCGAAUGAUGGUCCACAACCAUGAAGUAGGUGCGGGCUAUCAGAUUAAACAGAGGUUCGGCACAUGGGAAUCGUAUGAGCGAGAGUACUACGACAUGAUGAGAUCUGCUUUUCUCAAAUACUCCCUCCAGGUUCGGAUGGGCCGCAUGGACGGCAUCUUCGUCGCGUACCAUAAUACCGAACGGCUGUUUGGAUUUCAAUACGUACCUGUUUCGGAACUUGAUCUGGCGCUGCACGGCCAGACGAACCGAAUUCUGGGGGACCAAGAAUUCUCGCUCAGCAUUCAGCUCUUGAACGACAUUUUCAACGAAGCGACAAUGAAGCACCCAGGUCAAUCGCUUCGGUUCCAUUUUGAGGCCAGAGAGGCUACGGCUGCCUCCCCUCCCUACAUGUACAUUUUUGCGGAGCCAGUUACGGAGGAAGAGAUUGUUGAGAUCCAAAAUUUGAAAAAGGAAGAAAUCCGAGCAUUCGAGGAGCGUCUCUUUAAUCCACGACGGACGCAAGGGCCCGAGGGCGCUCAGGAUGAGGAUGAGAUUGAGCUUGAAGCCAAACCUGACGACGCCGAAACUGCCAACGAAUCCGACGCCUCGGUGAAACCGCCCUCUGCGUCGAAUCCAAACCCAGGUCCAUCUCAUGGCUCGAACGCCGCGAAUGUUGCAUUCCUGGACAGCAUCUUAGGCAUGAAUAUCAGUGAGGCUUUGGGAUCAAAAACGAUUGCAGGUAGUGUUUCUCAGUCAGGGGGGAAGCCAGGCCAAGGGGCGUCAGAUUGUCAUCCUCCCGAUAUCGAUGGGUCGGUUGCGGAACCUCCCAUGCGGAAACCAUUAUCGGCCUGGAAGCUGAACAUUCGGAAUUUGGUUAAUGGAUUGCCUGUCGUCCGACCUGGAAACCUGAAGGAAGGAGAUACCUGGAAGCUGCAGUAUACACUAAAGCCGCUAUCCGACCACGAAGCCCGGCGGCAUUACACAUUGUGCAAGAACCGACGCAAGGCUACGCUGGAAGCCCCACAGGAUGCGGACGAAGCAGCUAGUUUCUAUAUUCGACGUCUGAUAUCGAUGAGUCGCAGCGGAGCACAAUGGCGGCGUCAUUUGGACGAACUUGAUGCUCAACGCAAACGGGUUGUACUUUACGGGGAUGAACGAUGA